AUGGAGGAUUGGUAUGGCGAGGGGGGGAAGGCGGCGAAGCGUGCUGCCGACGAUUCGAUUUGCCUCUUCAUCACGGGGACGCGCUUGGGGGAGACUAUAUGCCAGCACCCCCUCUUCCUCAACAUGCUGCGCCGCGCCGUGAACGCCGCCGGAACCGGCUAUGUCCCCCCCAAGCGUGGUUACGUUGGAGGCGCCGGGCUGCUGGCGUGCAAGCAGCAGAUUGAGAAGGCGUUGACGCCCAUUACGAAGACGUGGAAGGAGCCUGGCAUGACGAUCGCAAGCCAUAUGAUGAGGGACAAGAGCGGGCGUGCGCAGAUGAACAUCCUCUGCAUCAACGCCAGUGGAGCGGUUUUCCAGGAGGCGGUCGACUGCAAGGCGGAGACAAAAAGCGGGGCGUUUAUCAUGAGCGUCCUGCAGCCGGUCAUCGAGAAGGUUGGACCGGAGCACGUCGUAGCGAUUUGCACGGACGGCGGCAGCAACUACGUGUCCGCCGCCAAGCUGCUACAGAAGAAGUACCCGCACAUUGAGUUCGUCCCCUGCGCCACUCAUGUGCACGACUUGCUGUUGGAGGACUUCGGCAGCAUGGCUUGGGCGCAGGAGGUCGUGCCUGUGGGGACCGACAUGAUUUCGUUCAUUCGCAGCCACACGUGGACGCGUGCCUUCCUGCGCUGUCCCGAGCUGCACGGGGAGGAGAAGUCGCUUCAGCCGCUGCGACCGGCGGGCACGCGCUUUGGGACGCAAUACAUAGCGGUGUCUCGUCUGCGUGAGAUUCGCCCUCAGCUGACGGCGAUGGUGACGCACAAGGAUUGGGAGAAGGGGAGGAAGCAGCUGACUGGGAAAGACUUUGAGGCGUCGGUGUUGGAUGUGGAGUGGUGGGCAAAGGUGGAUACCUUCGUGAAGGUAAUGGCGCUGCCGUACAAGGUGAUGAGGAAGACGGAUGGGCCGGCGAAGGGGAUGAUGGGGGCAAUGUACGACAUGAUGCUGCAGCUGACGGAGAACUUGUCAGCGCUGUUGGAGAGUGCGGAUUGUCCGCUCAGCGAUGCGGAUAAGGAGGGGUUGCUGGAGCACUUGAGGCGACGUUGGGACGAGAGUUUGGCCUGUCCUCUUCACGUGGUAGGCCGGAUUCUGAACCCGGUCAACCAGGAGGAGGGGAUCUAUCUCAAGGACAUUGAGUGCACCAGGGUGAUGAAGGCCUGGCUGUCGCGCUCGAGGGCCUUCGUCGACAAGUACUGGAAGAAGGAUGGCGAGAGGACUGGAACGAUGAUGGCGCUGCAGGAGGGGAUGCUGGCGUACAUUGAGGGCAGGGGGUGCUUUGGGACGGAGGAGGCGAUAGAGGGGCGUGCGCAGCUGAAGGCAGGGAAGGGGGACAUGGCGACGUGGUGGAAGAUGAACGGCUGGGAGUAUGCCGAUCUGACAGGCCUUGCAAUCCGUGCGGUGUCACAGGCCGUUUCCGCUUCUCCGUGCGAGCGGGGAUGGGCUACGUGGGAUGGGGUGCACACGGCGCGCAGGAACAGGUUGGGGUCGGAGAAGGUGCGCGACCUGGUGUUCGUGGCGCACAACUGGAAGGCUGUGCUCGGCCACCACGAGGGUGCAGUUGUUGCAGGGCCAAGUGGGGAAGUGAGGAAGGCGGGGGUAGUGGAGGGGAACAUUCCCACCCCUCCCCUCCCCGAGGGGUACAUGUUGGAGGAGGAUGGGGAGAGGGAGGUGGACGAGGACGACAUGAUGUUUUUUUGCCUGCCCGGGGUUUUUUUUGCCUGCCCGGGACUGCGUCUUUUGGUGCGUCUUUCUGGUCCUGGUGAAGCGUCCUGCGUCCGGACGCAUGCGUCCAGGACGCAGGACGCGUCUUUCGCAUCAUAG